ACGUCUCCAGGACUAUAGUAGGCAUUUGAAAAUGUAUAAAAUCUAGAAAUUGAAGCAGCCGACAUUACUUAAAAAUUUCCAGUAACAUAUGGCGGAACCGGUGGUCCCGAAUUUGGCCGAAUAUAAGGCCGGCCGCAUGAUCGUGCUGGGCAAGAUGGUCGAGCCGGAUGAGCGCAAGGGUCUGCUCUAUGUACGCCGAUACGCCAGUGAUAAUCAGGUGCACAUCCACUGGAUGGACCGGCACUCCGGGACCGUUGAGUUGGACAUUGUGGCCACGCCGGGCGGCCUUGAGUUCCGUCGCAUCGAGCAGUGCAAAACGGGGCGGGUAUAUGUCCUCAAAUACACCCGAUCGGCGCAGCGGUUUUUUUUCUGGAUGCAGGAACCGAAAGAGACUGAAGAUGCAGCCUUUUGCCGGCGGGUCAAUGAACUCAUUGCCAGCGGUCAACGGAAUUGGGAUGAGUGUGCAGCGGCCGAGGGAGAUGUGGAUACGGAUGUUGAACGUGAAAAUUCUCGUCGCAGUGGCGGUGGCGAAAUUGGAAAGUUGCGAGUCCUCAAGGAAAUGCGCCAAUUCCUAGUUACCAAUCUGCCCGGAUCGCCAGAAACUUGUCUACAAACUACUAACCAAAGUUUGACAGAUUUGCAAUCGGGUGAUGAUGAUGCAAUGCCUCUACCCCCCUUGCCCUUUCAAGAUCCCGAUGCAGAAAUACCAGACUUGGCUUUUAUUUUGCGUUAACAUGGCAUUGAAGCUGUGGAAAAUCUUCUAUUAAGCUACGGCUUAAAUUGCUAGCAAAUUUACCCAAAGAUCCUGAAGAUAAGGAGGAGUUAACACCCAAACCCAGAUAAUACUCGACCACCUGCACUAUUUUCCCUAGGCCUGCACUCGGGGGUCCUCAGUUCGAUCCUCCAACCACUUAUCAACGACCAUGAAGCUAUGGAUGCUGCCCGAGCUGGGUAUAUCGAGCGUUUUCUACGUGUCCUGCAUCGGAAUUACAGUGGGCCAAACGAUUGAGCCAAAGUGUCU